AUGCCCACCUAUGCGGAUGACGAAGACUUUGAAGACGAGCUCUUUGGUACAACGGCCAAGGGCAAGGCUCGAAGGCGGGCACUGCCUUCGUCCGUGGCCGAGAUGGUCGAUUCCUCGUCCGCGGUUUGGAACAACGACUUUUUCGUGCCUGAAGAAGGUGGAUUCCCUGCGUACGCGGUCCAAGUCGGAGGACGACCGCUCGGGAUCGAUCGAAAAUCGUGGGCUCAGAUCCUGCCUCAAAGACCCUGGACCACGGCAGGACGUCUUUCGACGGACCAGGCGUUCAAGUACCUGCUUGAUUGCUGGGGUUCUUCGAAACGUGAGUUGAUCGUCUUGGGUGUCAUGCCGGACCUUCAAGGACCCACUCCCGAGUCGCCUCAUCGUCCUACGAAGGAGAAGUGCCUCGUCAAGCAUCAACACGUCGUUGAUUUCCAUCUCCGCAUUGAUCGUGUUGGGGUUGUGCCUCCCAAAGAGGUCAAGAACUUGGUCAAGGAUCUGUACAUUGUACCGUUGAGGAAGGACGCGCCUUUGCCCGACUUUCUACAGGUGUUGGAUGAGUGCAACAUACCGCAGAAUCGUGAAACGGAUCUCUUGUUGGCCGUUUUGGUCAUUCAAAAGAACGCUUUGCCCACGGUACUACCUCUUGUCCCGACUUUGGCGGCCCCCAAGACGGCGUCUCCGGGCCCUAGCUCUCAUUCACCCCUGCCUCCUCCUACUUCUGUCAGCGCUUCGACUACAUCAGCACCCGCUCCAACCGUUCCCCCCGCUGCUUCUUCCGCUGCAGCAGAGCCGGCGCUUCCCGCCUUUGA